GAGCGCAGAUGCUGACGCAGGAGCAGGCGAAGCGGCCGCCCUGCAGCAGGUCUGCCGAGAUGCCCAUCAUGGUGGAUGACAUCAUGAAGCUGCUCUGCACCAUUUCGCAGGAGAGGAAAAUGAAGGCAGCUGUCAAGCACUCUGGGAAGGGCGCUGUGCUCACAGGGGCCGUGGCCUUCAUUGGUGGUUUGGUCGGUGGCCCACCGGGACUAGCUGUUGGCGGCGCCGUCGGGGGUCUCCUCGGUGCCUGGAUGACGAGUGGACAGUUUAAGCCCGUUCCUCAGAUCCUAAUGGAGCUGCCCCCCGCCGAGCAGCAGAAGCUCUUUAACGAAGCCGCGGCCAUCGUGCGGAACUUGGACUGGACAGACGCCGUGCAGCUGACCACGCUGGUCCUGGGCAGCGAGGCCCUGAAGCAGCAGCUGCUGGCCAUGCUGGUGAACUACGUCACCAGGGAGCUGCGAGCCGAAGUUCGGUAUGACGACUAGGCCGCCCCGCUGGGGAAGUGGGUGACGCUGUGACUGUCAGAGGGCUGUGCUGCGGGGCAGUCAGAGGAGACCGGCAGAUCCCCCUGAGGAAGGCACACGUCAUCCGCGUGUCACCUCACGCUGGAGCCGAAGGUGCUGCUGCAGAGGCCAGAGCCGGGCUGCGUCACGGCCCGGCGACUGUUUCUGAGGAAGCUGUGUUUUGUGCUAUUUGUGUUCAUGUUGCCCAGCAGCCUGGGUUGCUGCAGAAGCCAGGACAGCCUCCUGCAGGGCCUGUGGCCGCUCUCCAAAUCCUCUCUUGAUUGCACAGGAGCCUGGGGAAGUCAGCUUGCACUUCCGGGCCUCCUCAUCUUGUGAGGUUGGCUCCUCUUCCGGGCCCCUGUCACCAGAACUUUGUUACCUGCUGAGUGUGCCCUGCCCUGCCAGUGACUUGGACAGUCGCUUGGGGAAGGAGGUUGAGCCACAAAAGUCACGCACACUGGACCCCUCCUCCCAGUGGCUGCGGGCCUGGCCCUCCUACCCUGAGGCCUUGCCUUCCCCUCUCAGAAGUCAUGGGAGUUCUUUUAUUACUGUUAUUCUGGCUCUUUGUUGUUCUCUCAACUUAGGUUCAAUAUCACUUCAAAUAUUUCUUCCCCCAAGACAUGGUCUUGCCCUAUGGCCCAGGUUGACCUCCAACUCCUGGGUUUGGGUGAUCGCCCUGUGUUGCUGGGACUACAGGAUUGCACCACGAUGCCCAGCUUCAUCUCAAACACUAGUUUUCUCGCUGUAGCCCAGGAUGGGUUUGAACUCAGGCAGUCCCGCCUCAGCCGUCCAUGUGCAGGGAUUAUAAAGCGUGUAUUACCAUGUCUGGCUCUGGCCACAUUUAUCUAAAGUAAGUCCUUCUGUUCCCCAUCUCAGCUCUGUUGCUUCAGAAGACAAACCACAACUUAUAAUUUACUUGUGUCAAAGGCAAAAUUACAACGAAUUUAAAGAUCUUAA